AUGGCUACACACCACUAUCGGAUUUGCGAUCGUCCCACGUCUCAUCCCAUCCAGCGCCGGGCGGAGGCACGUUGUUGUGUUCCGUGGGACCGUCGAGCCAGGAACGACGACGACAACGACAGCAAACUGUACGGACACACCGGUGCUUUUUUUGUAGAUUUAGCAGCAUUCACACCCGCCAGUGUUGGAGAAUCGGAUGACGACGACGACAAACCACGGUGUACGGAACUUGCCGUGGACGGUUGCGAGCCAAUGAUGCGGGAACGUGAUCUUGCCGACCGUACGAGCGCUGCGGAUUUUCGAGCUAUUGCGGACCAGGCAUUGUUUGCCUUGGAAGAUGACUAUCGUACGACACUCGACAGCAACUCUAGUGCUCGCUCUUCGGGGCCAACGAUAGAGACUGACGAAAAGUUGCCGACUCCUAUCGUCUUGGCUUUCGAAACCGAGAACACGGAAACGGAGUGGCAGACAAGCUUUGAAAGAUGCAAGGAAGAAAUACACACACGUGUUGCCAAUGGCGUAAAGAGCCAGCCAGAAGCCGACUCGACUGCGGUACUCAACGCCGUGCGUUCCAUUCGAGAGCACAACCCAGCCUUGGAGCGUAAGUUACACGUGUGGGAACAGCAGCACCGACAAGAAUCGGUGACGGUACCCCACACUCAUCGCCUCGUCCCAGCCGCACCUUUAUCGGCGUUUCGAAAAAACACCGCCAAAGCCCGAACGGCCACAGCUCAUCUCAGCCGGGCAGCCACCAUUGCUCACGCGCUCGUACGACUGGAUGUUCUUCGCAGUCAAGAAACGCUAAGCGUUCAUGUUGUAGGCUGUGACGCCGUUGAGUGCGCAACCGACGAAACGGUGCGUCUUUAUUUUGGACCACUGGCAAGAUGGCUUGCGGUGGCAGCCGAAGCGCCGAAACAUUUGGAACUGCACUUGAUUGGUCCGAACAUUCCGAUCGAAGCCUCUCAACGAAAACCCAUGCAGCUGCUUUCUUCUGCCGUAUCCUCCUCACGACCGACACGACUAAAGUCAGCCAAAGUGUCGAGUCAUUUGGCCGUUUACGAUGACUACGAAUGCAAUACCCGAGCUGAUUUGAUUGUCUGCUUCAAUGCCGGUAUUUGGGGGUAUACGGAAUGGAAACCGACACUACACGCACUGGCAUUGCGCAAGCAGAACAUUCCGUUUAUUGCAACAGCAUAUACGCUGCUUGAAGCGGAAGAUGACGAGGAUACGAUUCUGGACGUUCUGAAGGAGCUCGGGAUCGAAAAGUCGGUAGCCUCCUUGUGGGAUCCCGAGAUGAACCCGUUUGGCUCAAAGCAACCCCGAGAGACGGCAACUGCAAAAGUAGGACAAGAUUAUAGAGAAAAUUCCGCUUGGCAGGCGUGGAAAUUGUAA